AAAUUGUGAGAGGCGAAAAAAAAGGUUCCUCGCGCUUCAGUCUGACUUUUUAGUUUCCCAAAUGUUCCCCACAGCAGCUGCACGCGCUCUCUCCGCCUCACCGCGGCGAGCUGUGGCUUAAAAAAAACGACUUUAAAGGAGGAGAAAAGUCCGGGAGCGCACGUUUGACUUGGUGGAAGUUUUACGCACGGCGCAGGAUGCAGGCGCGCUACUCCGUCUCCAGUCCGAACUCUUUAGGGGUCGUCCCGUACAUCAGCAGCGACCAGACCUACUACCGGACCGGCGGAGGAUACACCGGUAUGCCUGCGCCCAUGAGCAUGUACACGCACGCGGCCCACGAUCAGUACCCGGCAAGCAUGGCCCGCGCGUACGGACCGUACACCCCUCAGCACCAGCCUAAGGACAUGGUCAAACCGCCGUACAGCUACAUCGCCCUCAUCACCAUGGCCAUCCAGAACUCCCCCGAGAAGAAGAUCACUCUGAACGGGAUUUAUCAGUUCAUCAUGGAACGGUUCCCGUUCUACCGGGACAACAAGCAGGGCUGGCAGAACAGCAUCCGGCACAAUCUGUCGCUCAACGAGUGCUUCGUCAAAGUGCCGCGGGAUGACAAGAAGCCUGGUAAGGGCAGCUACUGGACCCUGGACCCGGACUCUUACAACAUGUUCGAGAACGGCAGCUUCUUGCGGCGCCGCAGGAGGUUCAAAAAGAAGGACGUGCAGAGGGAGAAGGAGGAGCGGGACCGACAGAACAAGGAGCCGUCAGCGCGCACUCCUGGCCGCGAGCUGGAUCCGCCGGUGCAGGGUUCGCAGCCGGUGCGGAUCCAGGACAUAAAGACGGAGAACGGGACCUCAUCGCCCCCGCAGGCCGCGUCCCCGACCCUGAACGCCGUCCCCAAAAUCGAGAGCCCGGACAGCAGCAGCAGCCUGUCCACGGGCAGCCCGCACAGCGUGCCCUCCUCGCGCUCCCUCAGCAUGGACGGAGCCGAGCAGCCCCACGGACAGGCCGCGCAGGGCUUCAGCGUGGACAACAUCAUGACCUCCCUGCGAGCCUCGCCGCAGGCCGAGCUCUCACCGCCUCUCAUCGCCUCCUCCCGGACAGGUGUUACCCCGUCACUGUCGCUCAGCUACUCUCCCACGCAGACCUCCGCGUACAGCUGCAGCCAGAACUCCACGAACUCCACGUACCACUGCAACAUGCAAGCCAUGAGCCUGUACGCGGGGGACAGAACCGGGGGCCACUUGGCGCCCCCGUCCACGGUGGAGGAGGCUCUGCCCGACUACUGCAUCACCACGACCACCGCGUCCCCGCUCGGGCACGCCAACCUGAGCCAGGCGGGUCAGGACGCCCACCACGGGCACCAGGGCCGGCUCUCGUCCUGGUACGGGGACCUGAGCCACCUGAGUCCGGGUUACCAGGCGCAGCAGCAGAACUUCCACUCUGUGAGGGAGAUGUUCGAGUCCCAGCGGAUCGGGCUGAACGGCUCCCCGGUUAACGGGAGUAAUAGCUGUCAGAUGGCCUUCCCGUCCGGACAGUCCCUCUACCGAACCUCAGGAGCUUUUGUUUAUGACUGCAGCAAGUUCUGAAGCCAAACAUGUCAUUUAAAUUAAAAACUUUAAUAUAGAUUUGACUGUUUUUUUUAAAAAUCUACUUUAUGGUUUUUAUUCACAGCCUGAAGAUUUUUUUUUUUUUUUUGUACUCUGACGUGCGUAACACCAAAAACACGUAAGUUUUCCCUCUCACUUUGAGAAAAACAGCUUCAUGACGUCAUCCUGUAAAUUAUAGCCUAAUAUAGUAAUUUAUUUUGUAGGUUUGUGGUUGGAUAUCGAGGACCAAACACUUAAAAAAAGCUUUUAACACGUUUCUUUUGUCUCAGUUGUAUAGAAAUAGAGGUGAAUCCUGUCGCUUAUAUUGACUUAUUUUAUUCUUUCUGUCCUAUUUGUUUAUUUUAUUUGGAAGGCAUUACAUUUUGUUUAAUAAAGUGUAGAUUAUUUGGUUUUAA